ACCAAAUACUACGCAUAGUACUAACCUACAUGUAGGAGUUAUGUAGUUACAGUACAAGUACAUUUAACUACAUGUAUGCGAUAACGAUAAGUUACUUGCAUACAACCCGUGUGGGCCGUGUCAUACAUACCUAUCAAUGAUACAUAGUACAUAGUACAUGUACUAGCAGUACAUGCACAGUAGUAGGUACUAAGAACCUUGUACCCACUAACUAACUGUCGCAAGUGGAAAAUGGAAUUUUUUCAAAACUUAUCGAUGAAUGAAUAUUCAAAGUCUUCCAAGCUCAAUUAGAGCAGUCCGCUUAAGUUGACAAUAACAGAGCUUGACGACGCAAUUUCCCACGAUGGCUUUAAGAUCCAAUUCCAUAAUUUCCCAGCUGGGCAGGCUGUCCUUUGGUUUUACGCGGACGAGCGUUCGUUUUAGUUCCACAAUGACAGAGGAAAGACGAAGGGAAAUAGAAGCAUCCACCCCGCUGGCACAUCAUGGCGAAAAGUUAUGGGUAUUUUCUCACUUCCUCGACGGCCACACCGUGUAUUCUACUGGCCCGGUGCUCAAGGCGCACAAAGCGUUACGGCAGCUCCCAUUCACCGGCAAGAAACUUAAGCCCUCUAAAUUCCGAAGAGACUACUGGCGCCCCCUCGCCAUGAUUCAGAUCCCCGAGGGCUGCGGCGUAGUGGGCAGGAGUGUGUACAACCUCCUGAUGGAAUGCAAAAAGCUGCACGAGCUGUAUUGGGAAGACAGCUUGUUAUAUAACAAGGAAGGGAAACCGUUGAAUAGGCACGAGCGGGGAAGAAAGAUCAACGACCAGAGGAUCAACACGAUUGCCGACAUGGCUGCCAUCCUUGGGGGCCAGGGCAAGGGCAACAAGAUAUGGCAGAAGGUGACGGAAGACCCCAAAGAACUUGCUAUCCUGGACGUGGGAGAAGACACAAUCGUGAGGGACGAAGACGGAGUUGUCAAGGCACGAGUAAAGGCUGAAGUUUGGUGGACGGACAUUCAAAACCACAAACACGCACGAAGUUGGACCUCCAAUGUCACCCACUACCGCUUUGAGGAUGCAGCAUUAGAGAAGUUACUGGACGAGGGCACAGAGGAGGAGAAUGAAAAGGGGGAUGAAGAGGAAGAUCGAGAAGAGGAUCAGGAAUCAGCACCCGAAAAAUCAGAUCCGAAGCAAGCAGAACCAAAAGAGCAACCCCAAUGAGGAUCAGAUACGAAGACCACCUCUAAAUAAGACCCAUUACGCGACGAGGAGAUCAACUGCUAUCAAUACAGCUUCCGCAGUUGAGCAUAUUGAUCAUCAUUCUCUCUUCCUAGCAUCCUAAGUACAUUAUAUGGUACAGGUCUGGAGACGCUGUAUUCUAGUAGGUAUGCCAUCAAUGUAUUAUAUAUUCCAAUGAACACUGCCAACCCUAAGCAUAGAGGGGGCAACCCAAUAACCCAA